AUGCAGCUGUGUGGCAUGUUAGAGGAGCUCAUAGCACUCUCGACGAAGGUCUCCAUGACUACGAGUCCUGUUGGCAUGGAAACAAACUACCUAGUAAAACAGAUUGCCAACGCUCAGUUGAGAUCACCUGCGCCGGUGCCAUACAUACUAUUCCCGGCGUUGAAGUUCCUAGUCAACGUUAGAUCCACCAACAGCCUCGUGGUUCGGAUGUGGGUAACAACCACUACCAACACCUCAUGGCAAACAGAAUAG